AGACUCAAUCUGAGACGCCGCCCUGUUAUUACAACUCCCAGCAUGGCAACUCACAUGAGGCUUGUGUUGCAUUUGUUAUUGCUGUUCCUAUUUGCUGUGCAGGAGGUCCGGCUGGUGUGUGUGGAUGUGCCAUCCAACUCAGAGGCCAUUGUAGGGCGUGUUAUGAAGUUAACCUGCAUCUACUGCAUGAAACGAGAGGAGAUCUCUGCCGAGACCAAAGUGGAGUGGUCCUACAUCAGUCCAGAUAAUGAACAAAUGCUGAUCUAUGUGUAUGACCGCCAGCCGCAGGAGCCCGAGGGCGUAGAAGUGCAGUGGAAGGGCCGCCUGACGUGGAACGGCAGCAAGGACCUGCAGGACCUCUCCAUUAGUAUCAAAAACGUCACUUUAAAUGACACUGGCAGAUACAAUUGCAAGGUGUCCCGCUUCUUUGAGUUCGAUUCAUUCAAGCAUUCUGCCACCAAGACAACCACAAUCGAUCUGGAGGUGAAAAAGGAAGCGAGUCAAGACAUCGCAGCGCUGUACUCUGAGAUCAUGAUGUAUGUGCUCCUGGUGUUCCUCACAUUCUGGUUGCUGGUGGAGAUGAUCUACUGCUAUAGGAAGAUCUCCAGAUCUGACGAACAGGCACAGGACUCUGCGACAGACUACUUAGCCAUUCCCUCUGAAAAUAAAGAAAACCCGGGCCCUGCUGUAACGGAAUAAAAGUCUUACACCAUUACGGUACUGACCAGUCUUAAUAGAAACCAUUUUAAAAUGGAGAACAGGCACUGAUAUCGUUCUAACACUCUGAAAGCUGCUUUGAGAAACCAGGAGACCUGCCAAAUCAAAUCCCUCUCGUCUUGAUAAUGUGAUGUGUGGAACAAACUCUCGACUGGUCCAUUAUCUCCCACUGUCUCAGUGGAAGGCAGCAGUAACUCGAAUCUAAUCUCAGACUGAUGAAGAUCUGUAUGUGUCUGUGUCUGUCCUCAACUUUUGCCUUAGUAGAGACACAAAUACAGCAGCCCAGAGCUGAAGAGCUAUCAUACUGCCUAUACACGCACUUUUCUUAAACAAAUGUCAAUCAUUAUCGUCAGAAUGCCCAUGUGAGCCUUUCCCUCUUUGGUAUACGCUGCUCUUACUCUUUUGAUAGAAAUAGAUGAAGUCUGGAUUCCAAUUAGACUUGGUUUUUAUUGUAGUGUUUUCUAUUCGCAUUAUAGUAUUUUGUUUUUUAUAGUGUUCUAUUUAAGAAAAGAACUUUAGAGUCACUCAGAUUUGCCACUUUGCAAUCAAUAAUAAGUGAAACUGUGGCAGGUAAACUGCAGUAAUGAGGACAUACUGUGUACAGCAGUGAAAGCUCUUUGUGUGACUGAACACAUGCUGUCAUCUGCGUUUACAUUGGUUAUUGCAGACAUUCUUGCAGCA